AUUGCCUCGCAGACAUAAACGCCGUAACUGUCGGAGCUCUACGGACAAACACGAGGUCAGGCAUUUGAAGUGGGACUGGAACUUUGCACAAGAGAUGAAAACUGAAAACUUCAACACAGUUGCUAAUACAAUCUGUACAAGAGUAUGUGGCAUGCCGAAUCAUAUGUGUCCUAACAUGUGACAGCCUUUUAGAGGGGAGAGUGAACAACAAGAUUGAAAUGAAUAAUAAAGUGGACGAAACUUGGGCCGAAAACUUUGUUACUGUCGUUUCGGUGGGUAACAAAAAUGAUACAGCCACUGCGGAGGACACUAAGGAUAAGGAGUUUGUGACAGUCUUAAGGAUCGGUGAAGAAAAUGUGGAUGUCGACUAUAUCACCGAAGAAGUGCUUGUGUACCGUCUACCAGGCGAAAGACUGGGAUUCGGCUUGAAAUUCGAGGGUGGCACUAAAGCUACCGAAUACGUCAAAAAACUGUUCAUCCAGUCGUGUGCACCUGACAGCCCCGCGUCUAAAGUGAUAGGUUCUUGGGGACAUUUGACUGAAGGUGACGAAGUGUUGGUGAUAGACUCGCGACCAGUGACAUCUAUGACUCGUAUGGAUUGUGUCAAGUGCCUGAAGGACUCUAGCGUCGUGAUCAAGUUGCUUGUGCGCCACCAAAGGGAAGAAACGAAAUAUAAACCCGAUGAAGGUUUGCCCCUAGUUGUGAGUGCUGAAAAGAAGAAACCACCAGCUUUACCACCGACUCCACCACCUGUACCACCAAGGAAAGUGCCGAGGAAGCAUUUGAGGGUCAAUUUGACAGCUAGGGAUGCUGAUAUCUUGCCGCAUUCGCGUUUGAAAAACUUCGAAGGUAGUAAUAUUGUUAAGGCGAAUUCUCCAGAGGUCAGAACCAGGAAACUAAUCGAUUCGGGUCCUCCUGAAGCUGAAUGUUACGUUGAUUUGUUUUCCCAGGAGUCAAUACACAGUUUGAGCGAAUCUGACGAUACUGCCAGUACGAUAUCAACAGUUAUAGACAGAAAUGCUAACAGCCUCCCAUCAACACCAAAAUCUAUUCAAAAACAUCUCGAUAUCGCCAAUUUUCCAGAUGAUGAAGAACUAUUCAACAUUAACUCCACCAACACAGAAGAAAAAUUCGAAUUUACAACCCCUGAUCAACAAGACGCUGGUGAUGUUGAGGAUAAAGUUGAAAUACAAGCUGAUUCAACCGACGAAGUUGAUGGUGAUUCGAAUUCUUUCGAUUCCAUCGAAGAUUUGAAAAGGGAUUUGCUUUUCCAGGCUCACGAUGAAAACAUGAACAUAUUCAGUUUGCCAAGAUUAGUUGACUUCGUCCCGAAAAGUUUUAAUGAUAUCGAUCACAAGAGGAUGAUGAAUUUAUUCUUAUCUUUCGAGAGAGGUGAACAUUUGGACUUCAAAUUCACAAUACCUGAAGAUGCAUUGACGAGGACGUCUUUCAAUGACGAUAUGGAUAUUUUCCCAAAAUGGAGCAUACCCCCACAAUUAUCUACCAUAGGAGAGGUCGAAGAAGAGGAAAAUCUGCCAACUAGAUUUAUAGCCCCCAACCCUAUUGUCCUUGUUCAAUGCGAGGGUGAGAAUGAAACAGAAAAGGAUGAUCUAAAGAAUGCUGAUGCUGAACCAGAAAUCGAAAAUCAAAUAAUGGAACCUCCCCCCAGUGACCGUAGACAGCCACCCGAUGGACAUGAGUUUCCAGAUUUCGAAGAGAGUUUCCAAAAUCGAUCGAAUGACACCCUGCUCCAAAGGCUCAAGACGAAGUACAGUCAAGUUCAGGAAUACCCCUCCGAGUCAAUCCAAAAAUCUCCGUUUGAAGUGCAUCCUGGUGAAUCUUUCGGUUUGAAUAAAAUGACGAGUAUAUCAAAUACCGAUUUGAGUACCAGAUCGACGAGUCAAGAUCAAGAUACUUCCGAAAAUAGCAACAAGACAACUGACAAUUCUUCUGGUUUUUCUUUCUACACUAGAUCUCAGAGCCUAUGUGAUAUAUCUAUGGGAAGUAGACAGAAUGAUCCCCUUCAAAACUUGGUGGAGCAACGGAGAAAAAAUUUGUCCAAGUUGAAAGGUUUGGUUAUACCAGAUUCGAUUUCAGAAUGUGAUUUAUCUUCAACCAUCAACUUGCCUGAAAUUAAAAGUAGUACUUCUGUUUCAAUAGAAGAUUUCAAUUCGUUAGACUGUUCAGAAGUUCCAAAUGAAACCACCCAGGUGAGUAGUGUUAAUAGUACCACAUUAACUCCUAUUGCACCAGCAUGGGCUGCAACAGUCAACUUCCCAAAAUAUUCACCUGCCUUCAAACGAAAAGACUUACAAUUAUAUCCAUCUAGUACUAAGAUGGAUCCAGAAACAUGCCAUUCUAAAAUGUACACACCCUUGGAAUUGAAAAAACCUCAACCAGAUAAUUUCAGUAUCAUGAAAUCAGUUGAUAGUUCACCUACCAGGUCUGAAAAUAGUUUCAACGUAAUUCAGAAAAACACCAUAUCAAAGACAAAACCGAGACCUUUCAGAUCUUUCUCUAUGGAGACGAAUUUCCUCAGCAAAAGGGAAAAUAUCACAGAUGACGAAAGCGACAAUGAUUCAGCCUUAAGUUCCAGCCAAUCUAGUUUCGUGACAACCUCACCAUCACCUACAACAUCUGUUGAAAAUUACGUUAACACAUUGAAAACUGAUUUAUCUGAAUACAGUACUUCAGAUGGGCGUCAUAUCAAGUCUUCGAGUGUUGAAGCUUUGAAUAGAAAGAAUAUAUUAGCUUCUGCUAAAUGUCGUAGUGGAAAAGAUUUCAAAAUUGGAUCUCCCGUUGUGAAUAGGAAAUUGGAAGUUCCAGAUGAUAAGACUGAAAAUGUGAGCAAACUCACAAACGUAAAUAAUAUUGAAAAAGUUGAAACGCAUGUUGUUAUCGAGGAAAAAGUGAAAAAACCACUGACCAGAGUUCUGGAAACUCAGAAAAUAGCUGUGAAAGAAACGAAUCGAGUUCCUAAUUUGUCAUCAAAACUGAAGAUUGUUCCACCGAGGACAAACUUGAGAAAUUGGGAUCUCCAAACCUCUACAAGAUCAUCUUUAACAUCAUCAAAGGAUAACACCUCUUCAUUCCGAAAUGCCUUGAAACCAGUUCCUAUAGUGUCCAGAAGAGAAGAAAGAAUAUCGAAAUUUAGCAGUACCAAGUCCCUUAGCGUCACAGAUCUUAGGAAAAACUUCGAAGAAAUUGCGAAAACUGUUGCAGAGGUACCAAAGUACUCGACCAAAAAGUUGGACUUAUUUCCUAAAGUAGCGAAAUCAGUUCCUAGUUCUCCAGAUGCACAAUCGGAUAAGAAUGUCGUCCCAAAAAUAAAGCAAAUAUCAUCUGUAGGAAAUGAAUCAGUUAGUAAGGUUGAAGAAACUCGUAAAAAAACCUGCAAGGUAAUCCUGAAGCCAAAUGUCGUUGGAGAAAAUAUUGGUAUCACAAUAACUGGUGGAACUGAUGAAAAUAAGGAUAUCAUAGUUCAUCGAAUAAGAUAUGGAAGUGUUGCCUAUCAAGAUGGAACUCUGACGAAAGGUGAUCAUAUUGUUUCAAUCAAUGGAAAGGACACCAAAGGACUAAGUUACACAGAUGCUGUACAACUACUGAAGGCUGUUGUUGAAACCUUCGUGAUAGAAAUAGCUGUGAAGGACGAAGUACCAAAAGACGUAAAAAUGUUGAAAAGAAGAUCUAUUUCCCUCGACAAUACUUUAGAUACAGAAAGGGCUGCUCAGAUUAUCGUUAUGUCCAAAAAGCCUAAUCAUGAGAUAAUCCUGCAGAAAGAUCAGAAUGGUUUAGGAUUCAGCGUAGAAGGAGGAAAGGAUUCGCCACAAGGAGAUGUACCAAUUACUGUGAAGAAAAUCUUCCAAGGUGGAGUUGCCGAUAAAGAUGGUAGGUUGAAAGAUGGAGAUGAAAUCUUGUCGAUAAAUGGAAUAGAUUUCUCAAAUCUAUCUCGAAUCCAAGCAUGGACCAUUAUGAAGAAAGUUGAUGUAGGAACUACAAAGAUUAUGAUAUAUCGAAAAUGAAACUUUUUGUUGCCAUCUGUGUGUCGUUUCGCCUAAUUUAAUAUUGUUGUUUCAUAUGAAAUGUUGACUUAUUAACAAAUAUAGAACGUACUGAUA